UUACACCUUGAAGUUGUGAGCGUCAGUAUAUAGUGUAACCUUCCGCCUGCGGUAGAAGUGCUCAGGCUAGUACCGCCGCCAUUUUGAAUGUCUGCUCCGUUCCUCCUUCCCUCGAUUGAGAAGAUUGCACUUGUUUUCUGGUAUCAUAACGGCUGAGGAUGCCAGCUCCGAUCAGACUGCGGGAGCUGAUCCGGACAAUCCGGACGGCUCGAACCCAGGCAGAGGAACGUGAGAUGAUCCAGAAAGAGUGUGCUGCCAUUAGGUCAUCCUUUAGAGAAGAGGACAACACAUACCGCUGUAGGAAUGUGGCCAAACUGCUUUAUAUGCACAUGUUGGGAUACCCCGCACAUUUUGGACAGCUGGAGUGCCUGAAAUUGAUUGCAUCACAGAAGUUCACAGACAAGCGGAUAGGAUACCUAGGAGCCAUGCUGCUGCUGGACGAAAGGCAGGACGUCCAUCUAUUAAUGACAAACUGCAUUAAGAAUGAUCUGAACCACAGCACGCAGUAUGUGCAGGGACUGGCCUUGUGCACCCUGGGCUGCAUGGGCUCUUCCGAAAUGUGCCGUGACUUGGCCGGAGAAGUAGAGAAGCUCCUCAAAACGUCAAACUCCUAUCUAAGGAAAAAGGCAGCGCUGUGUGCUGUCCAUGUCAUCCGCAAGGUCCCGGAGCUGAUGGAGAUGUUUCUGCCGGCAACAAAGAACCUGCUGAGCGAGAAAAAUCACGGUGUUCUCCACACGUCCGUCGUUCUGCUCACCGAAAUGUGUGAGCGAAGUCUAGACAUGCUUACUCACUUCAGAAAGCUGGUUCCACAGCUGGUACGAAUCCUAAAGAACCUGAUCAUGUCAGGCUACUCCCCUGAGCAUGAUGUGUCUGGCAUCAGUGACCCUUUCCUGCAGGUGCGGAUAUUGAGGCUACUGAGAAUUCUGGGAAAGGGUGAUGACGAUUCUAGUGAAGCUAUGAAUGACAUUCUUGCACAGGUUGCAACAAACACAGAGACGAGUAAAAAUGUAGGCAACGCUAUCCUCUAUGAAACGGUUCUUACCAUUAUGGAUAUCAAAUCAGAGAGUGGACUAAGGGUUUUAGCCAUUAAUAUCCUGGGACGCUUUCUUCUCAACAAUGACAAAAACAUCAGAUAUGUGGCAUUGACAUCUCUACUGAAGACGGUUCAGACUGACCACAAUGCUGUGCAGAGACAUCGAAGCACUAUCGUAGACUGCUUGAAAGACCUUGAUGUGUCUAUUAAAAGGCGUGCAAUGGAGCUGAGCUUUGCCCUGGUCAACGGCAACAACAUCCGGGGCAUGAUGAAAGAGCUUCUUUAUUUCCACUCCUGUGACCCUGAUUUCAAAGCCGACUGUGCGUCAGGGAUCUUCCUUGCUGCUGAGAAGUACGCCCCUUCCAAAAGAUGGCACAUAGACACCAUUAUGAGGGUUCUGACAACGGCGGGGAGUUAUGUCCGGGACGACUCUGUGCCCAACCUCAUUCAACUCAUUACAAACAGUGUAGAGAUGCAUGCCUACACUGUACAGAGACUCUACAAAGCCCUGCUGGAUGACGUCUCACAGCAACCUCUAGUUCAGGUGGCAUCCUGGUGCAUAGGAGAAUAUGGUGACCUGUUGGUCUCAGGCCAGUGUGAAGAAGAGGAGCCUAUUCAGGUUACAGAAGAUGAGGUCCUUGAUGUUUUAGAAGGUCUUCUUGUCUCUAACUUGUCCACCCCUGUCACAAGAGGUUUUUCUCUGACUGCUAUCAUGAAGCUGUCCACCCGUUUCAGCAGUGUGAAUCGAAUCAAAAAAGUUGUGUCGAUAUACGGUACCAGCAUAGACGUGGAGCUGCAGCAGAGAGCUGUGGAAUACAAUGCACUUUUCAAAAAAUAUGACCACAUGAGACCUGCAUUACUAGAGCGAAUGCCUAUCAUGGAGAAAACCUCAGCUAACGGCCCAGCAGAGAUUGUGCAGACCAAUGGCGAAACGGAACCGUCUAUACCAGACACGAAACAUCUGCCCAACAUCAUUCAGCCAGCCAAUCAGGCAAAUGAUUUAUUAGACUUGCUCGGAGGGAAUGAUGUGUUACCUGUUAUACAGACGAAUGUUAACACAAAGCCUGCGUCAGCUGGAGGGGAAUUGCUGGACUUGCUGGGAGAUCUCUCUCUGACAGGUGCUCCAAUCCCCACCCCUGCUCCCUCUUUGCCCGUGUCCCAGCCCCCUUUCCUUUUGGAUGGUCUUAACUCGCAACCCCUCUUUAAUGACAUUGAAGCUGGUAUUCCACCAAUGACGGCAUACAACAAAAAUGGCCUGAAAAUAGAGUUCACGUUUGAGAGGUCAAACCCCAAUCCCAAUGUUGCAGUUAUCACCAUCCAUGCCACAAACUCCACUGAGGCUGACAUGACAGACUUUGUGUUCCAAGCUGCAGUACCAAAGACAUUCCAGCUGCAACUUCUUUCCCCCAGCAGUAAUGUAGUUCCAGCACUCAACCAGGGAAGUGUCACACAGGUCAUCAGGAUUCUCAACCCACAGAAGCAACAGUUGCGAAUGCGGGUCAAGCUGACUUAUACCCACAAAGGCUCUCCUGUUCAAGACCUGUCAGAGGUCAACAAUUUCCCCCCUCAGUCCUGGCAGUGAUUUGCUUCCCUUUUCAAUCUUAAAGACCCCCAGCAAGGGAACUAUGGGAAAGAUGGCCCCUCCCCAUUCCCAAAUGAUCCCCGUGACAUCACCACAGAUUGCUGCCCUGGGGUUGCAUGGGAAGCAGUGGAACCUUCCUGACACGGUCGAGAAGUGUUGGUAUGAAGACUAUGAUGAUGAUGAUGAUGAUGAUUACAGCGACAAUGAUGAAGCAAAAUCACAAAUCUUUGAAAACAUAUCUUUACACUUAUUUAGUUUUUUUCUCUGCUCUGGGGUUAGUGCAACAUGUCCAUAUUCACACUUGCACUUAAGCAUCGUGCACUCUCACACAUACUUUUAAUAUAGUGCACUCACACAGAUCAGUCACCUCAUCCUGCCACCCGAGGGUCCGCACAUGGAAACCGUCACUCAUGGCCACUAUAGAAAGAAGCUGUUUGGUAUGAACAGUGGUUUGAUUUGUCCUUUGUUUGAUUUUUUUUUUCAUGUUUUUAAUCUUGUUAAUGGGUUUGGUGUAUUUUAAGAGAAAAAAAAUUAUUGAAUCUGAAUGAAUGGCAAAGUCUGAACAUUUGCACCUUAAACAUUUCGGAAUGAAGAGUGAAAUGGGUUGUGACGGCGCCUUAAAUUGUCAUUGUACAUGGCAUUUCUUAAUUUUCCUAAAAGGUUGUCUCUUUAAUGAUCUAAUGUCCUGUAAUAAAGUAUAUCAGAUGAAUGCUCCAGAUGCAAGGCAUGUUGUGGCUAUACCAUAUUUCAUAUAUUAUUCGGUUCAAUUCCUGCCAGAUCUGUCCGGAAGUGCUUGACCUUCAUCACAUGAAUCAUCACGAUUAGGCAAGUUAAUGCAGCUCUUAGCUUUUUUUUGGAAUGAUUGUUUUUAAGCAGGACUGCUUAAAAUGUCAUUGACGAUGUUCUUUUGAAGCACCUCCAUUUGAGGUGAAGUAUAUGAAGUCUCUGAGAAAUCUUGAGAGAGGAUGUUGCUUGUUACUGUUUGUUUAGUUUAGAUCACUUUUCAGCUGUAUAAAAAUCUACAGUUUUGGAUCAUCUAAGCUGGACACUUUUUCCCCCCAAAAACGUAAUUUGGCAUUAUUUUGUUAGCCUCUACCCACAGAACUGUGUUUUUUGUUUUUGUUUGUUAAAUACGGAGAUCUAACAAUAUAUAGAUUAAAAUAACAUACACUAAACCUUAAGAAUGGCAACCUGUUAAAAAUUGUAGUCGAAUAAUGUAAUUUAAAAUAAAAAUGAAUUUCUCACUAAAUUAGCAAUAAUAGAGGCCAGGAAUGAGGUUACAUCAGCGUAGAUGCUGUAUAGACUAUGAAAAUAAGGCCUUCGUGAAUGUAGUUGUAUGCACUGAAUUGAUUUCUUUUGUUUGACUUCGUUUUUUUUCUGCAGUGAUUUGAAGUACAGAAUUAUUGCCUGAUUUAAAGCAAUGUGCCUUUUGUCAGUCGGUUUCGAGAAAACCCUCAGAUGUCUGCGAGACGAACAGUUUUACAGGAAGAACGUGACUUCUGAAGAGUAGAGGACCUUUUUUGCGUUGCUGUCAUUUCACUUAAGGGCGUCUUAAAAGUGCGUACUGUUGAUGUGUGUUUGUUUUUGUGUAAGUGUGGGUCCCAGGCUCUCUUCUUGAAGCUUCCAAAGGCAGUUAGUAACAUUAACCCGAAUAUACCUCACAAUUUUUUCCUCUGUAUGACCGUUUCAUCGAAUCAUUGACAGGCUCUCGUGUCACCUCAGUGGAAACCUUAGCUUCUGUAGGCUCGCACCAUCGCUCUCUCGCUGCUCUUCAUUUUAACACUUUGUGUGAAAUCAUUCGCUAUGCCACACUGAAGUCUGGUGACCAAAUCAAGAGAUUUUCUUUGGACGUGGGAAAUAUUUUUUAGCAAUGUUAUGUAUAUGGAGAAAACUGAUUUCUUUCUAUUAGCUUUGUCGUCAUGUUGCAAUGAUGAUGCUUCCUUAGCUUUUUCUGUACAUACUGAAGGCUUUUAAGAUGCGUCACCUGCUUCUUUUCAUCCCGUUUUAAGAUGCCAUUAUCCGAAACUUCUGCACAGUGUAUGGUUUAAAGAUCUCCCUCAGAACAUAGUCUAAUUUAACAACUUACCUGUCUGAUUGUUUGUUGGAAAGAAAAUGUACUAUGUGCUGCCUGUAUAUUGUAUAUAACUGUAAAACGCAUCAAAAGGAUCAAAUAAAAUAAGUCCCAUUUGAAGACCUAUGACAUUCAGUUAGGGGCUAUAAUUGAAUCUCGAAUGGAAGAUGAUGUUUGCUGUGCGCUGAUGGAUGGUGGAUUGCAGAUGUGAUUUACACAGCUGUCAGUCUUUCAAAAGAGCUUUGUAAUGUCUUCUAAUAUGGUGGCCUGCAGCUUUUCUCAUUUUCUGCAAGCAUAACUGAAAUCUAUGUACUGACUUUCAUGCAUCAUUUUCAUACAGGAAAGCUUAAAUUGCAAAUCAAAACACACUUUAAAGUAUUCUGAGUUUUCCCAUUUUUCACUUCUAUUGAUAUACACAAAGGGGUUGACACAACUUCAACAUAGAUCCAAUUUUCUCAUUUCUCUUUACGAUCAAUAAUGCUGUAAAGAUAUGUGCUAUGGUGAAUUGUGUUAUUCUGGGUUGUGCAACAAGAUUUUGUCACUGAAAGUCUCCGAUGAAUGUGGAAGUGGUACCUAAAAUGGCAUCCUAUGUUUUGGAGGUAACAACAAUGUUAAUGGUGAAAAGUUAAGAGACAUCUUUUUGAAUCUGCUGCUUUGUAAACUUCUUUGUCAGGCAAUGAUGUUUGCACCUCGAAGAGAGCAAAAGCGCUGAAGGUGUUGUGGGGUUGCCGCCUCAAAUUCCGAACACCAAACAAUAUUUUUUUUCAGCUGCAUGUUAAACAAACGAUGUAAAUAUUGUCAUUUCUACUCUUUGUGUGAACAUCCUGAGGUAAUGCAAGCAAAGCUCAAAUUCUUAAUAUUCCACUGUACACCUUGCGAUACAUGCACAAACCUUUGUACAUUUGGAAAUAUGCUGUCGAUUCUUCAAAUAUUAUUAAUUUAAAAUCAGAUUUUUUUCUGUGCAGGAGGGCAGUCCGGGGGGUUUAAGCAAGUUUGGAUGUAAUUAUUUGACCAUACUGUAUCGAAUGCUUGGAUCAUGAUCUGUAAUCUGUACAAGGUAUCGGUUGUUUUUUGAAGUGUAUCUAUACAUGUUCUUCCCUUCAGAUAUUUUACACUUGCUGUUCGACCCCAUCUGAACUUGUGCAGUUGGGGAGGACUGCUGAUUUUUCCCAGAUGAGUUUGACAUGUUGAACUUAAUCACAGUACCAUGUCCUCAAGGAGCGAGAGCUGGACUGAGUAGAAUUCGUGAUGGAUGAGAAAUACCUUGUCAACAUGGGAUAUUUUAGAUUUAUGCUGUGUACUAUUGUCUUUGGGUUGGAGAAAUGAUCAAAUAAUAAAAGUUAAACUUGA